AUGUCCAAGGGAACUCUUUACGUCUUUGGCGGCUCCGUCUGGGUCCACGUCCCCGAGAUCGCCGUCUCCGAGCUCGGCUACAAGCCUGGAGAGAUUGAGCAGCAGCAGGUCAACCUCGCCGAGGGCGCCAACUUUGACCCCAACGGCUUCCUCAAGAUCAACCACAAGGCCACGCUCCCGACCUUGGUCAUUGGCGAGCACCACUACACCGACUCUGUGCCCGUUGUCGAAAAGCUCAUCGAGCUCGCGCCCACCCCGCCGGCCGUCAAGGCCGACCACGAGCUGCGCAAGCUCAUCGCCACAGUCCACAACGAGGCCAACGACCCCAACACGCUCUUUGUGCUCCCCAUCGACGACGCGGACCGCGAGGCCAAGGCGGCUGGACUCGUCGGCGGCUUCCUCGGCGGCCGCCAGGUCGCUCUUGACAAGUAUGCGCCCAGCGCCCCCGAACAGUUCAAGGCCUUCCUCGAGGAGAAGCAGAAGGCCAACGGCCAGAUCCUUGCUGUCAUCCAGGGCAAGGCCGACGUGAGUUACGCCACUCCUGGAUACAAGCUAACUCUGCAGGCGGCCACCAACGCGGGCAUCUACGCCGCUGCCGCUGCCCAGUGGAAGGCCUCCGGCCACGUCAUCCGCGCCGAGAUCACGCCCAUCCUCAAGAAGGCUCCUGGCAAGUUCCUCGGCGGCGCCGACAGCCCCGGCGAGGCGGACUUCCAUGUCAUCACCUGGCUCGCGCGCAUCAUCACGGACGCAGGCAUCCCGCCCAACUCGCCCUCGAGCGCCGCCUUCCCUGUCCUUGCCAAGCGUACCGGCGGCGCCGAGAUCGACCCCGUCGUCGCCGCGUACUGGGACACCUGGAUCAAGCGCGACAGCUUCAUCCAGAACAACGUCAACUAG